CUAAACCAUCUUGGUGAGAGUCUUCUUUGGACCCACGCACGCGAUUUGUACAUUCCCAAGGCCGAUGAACCGAUAGUUUCUAGUUCCUACCAUUAUUGCUCAUUGUUUUUGAACGCUAUUCUAAUAUCUACCCGUCAAAAAAAGACGCUUUUCUCUUUUGUGUCCCUUCCUCUCUUCCUCUGCAAGAAGAUCUCAACUGCAUCAGAUAUCAACUAUGGAAGCAGCUAUCACAAGCUUGCUGCAAACUUCUGUAGAUUGGGUGACAAGGGCUUUUGAAGUUCCGUUUGCUCGUGCUCAUGUCUUUGGGGUGCAAAUUGGGGGUCAUCUGUUUGUCGAAGGUCUUCUCUUUGUGGUCAUUGUCUAUUUGCUUACUCAGAAAAGUUAUGCGCCCCCAAAGAGACCGUUGACAAAGAAGGAAAUCGAUGAGCUAUGUGAGGAAUGGACUCCUGAACCCCUUAUUCCAGCUAUUACAAAAGAAAUGCAGCGUGAACCUCCGAAAUUAGAAAGUGCUGCAGGCCCACACACAAUAAUCAAUGGCAAGGAAGUUGUGAAUUUUGCAUCUGCUAAUUAUCUAGGAUUAAUUGGACAUGAAAAAUUACUUGAUUCUUGUACGUCUGCAUUAGAGAAAUAUGGAGUUGGUUCUUGUGGUCCUCGUGGUUUCUAUGGAACUAUAGAUGUGCACCUGGACUGUGAGUCUAGAAUUGCAAAGUUUUUGGGAACUCCAGACUCAAUACUUUACUCUUACGGCCUUUCCACUAUGUUUAGCACAAUUCCAGCAUUUUGCAAGAAAGGCGAUAUUAUUGUUGUGGACGAAGGUGUUCAUUGGGGCAUUCAAAACGGACUCCAUUUGUCAAGAAGUAAAAUUAUGUAUUUUAAACACAAUGAUAUGAAAUCCCUAGAAAGCAUAUUGGAGAAGAUAACUAUUGCCAACAAACGGGCAAAACAGAUACGGCGUUACAUUGUAAUUGAAGGAGUUUAUCAGAAUUCUGGUCAAAUUGCUCCAUUAGAUGAGAUUAUUAAUCUAAAAGAAAAAUAUCGGUUCCGCCUUUUGAUGGACGAGAGCAACUCAUUUGGUGCUCUUGGUGGUUCUGGAAGAGGUCUUACGGAAUAUUAUGGAAUUCCUGCUGAGAAGAUUGAUAUCAUAACAGCUGCAAUGGGUCAUGCACUAGCUGCAGAAGGAGGAUUCUGUACUGGAAAUUCAAGAGUCAUUGAGCACCAGCGGCUAAGCAGCUCUGGUUAUGUCUUUUCUGCUUCUUUACCUCCAUACCUAGCUAGUGCUGCAAUCUCUGCUAUUGACAUUCUUGAAGAAAAUCCUAAUUUGAUUAAGAAGUUGAAGGAAAAUGUAGCAAUAUUAUGGGCUGGUUUGUCGGAUCUCCAAGGCUUUGAAAUUACAAGCAACCCUCAUUCUCCUAUAGUUUUCCUUAAACUGGUAAAUUCCACAGGCUCUUUAAAGAAUGACAUGCAGUUGCUUGAAGACAUCAUUUAUCAGCUUUUAGAGGAGCAUAAUGUCUUUGUUGUAAGUUCGAAGCGUUCAACACUUGAUAAAUGUCCUCUACCUCUCGGAAUAAGAUUGUUUGUAUCGGCCGGACAUUCUGAAUCUGACCUGAAGAAAAUCUGUGAUGCAUUGAAAGUUGUUGUGCCAUUCUGAAAGUUGACAUCUGAAAAUUGAUUUCAAUUUGAUGUUUGCUUAUGGAUUCCAAAUAGCCUAGCCAGUGGUCAGCGACGGCUAGAUGGGUACUCAAGACACAUUUGAAAGGCAAUCUCGCGAAAGGCUCUUAUUUUUUCAAGUUAACCGAAAAAGUACAUACUUGCAUAGUUGCAUUUAACAAGAUACACCCAUAUUGGGAAUGGAACAGGUGUAUGUCGUAUCUUGAAAGUUUGAAAAAAUGACAUUUUGUGAAUCCGGAAUGUACCAAUGCUACAGCACUCUAUUUAGGGAAAUUGGUUUUAGACUCUUGUUAUAAGUUUUCCAUUGAUCUAUUCUGCUUGUAGUUGUACCCAUAAAUGUCUACAGCGAUUAGCCAGAGUUGGGCGAAUUUGUUCAAAUUUUUGAGUUAUGUGAAUAUUAACCCUUUUAGCUAAUAUGAUUGUAUCUAUCGAGAUUUUCAUUUGAC